CUAAAGUUGCCUAGUGCAAAAACCAGGGGAAGAGACUUAUUUUUCCAAUCUUAAGAGUUUGAAGGGAUUUUGAGAAGAAUCAUGUCUUCCACUUGGAAGCCUUCCCAUGGAUCAGAUGCAAUACCUGAAAUCAUGGUGAAAAUUAUUGGAAGUAAACACUUUCGAUACCUUGUGGAAAAGCCAAACAUUAAGGAGAAUGAGAACUUGAAGGCAGAAACUCAACCCGUACACCAGAAAUCCGUGACUAAUAAUGCAGCACGAGUGAGCGGAGACCCCUCAGCUUCUGCAAAUCCUGCUGAUCACCAAAUCAAUAAUGAAACAAAAGAGGUGAAAGAGAAUAAACAUCUUGAGAACACCCAGAAACCAGAGAGCAUCCAGAAACACCUAACCGGACUGCAUGGUAGAAGAUUUUUGAAUGACAAAGUUCCCAACCAAGCAAAUAUCCAUUGUAGCUCUGUCCCAAGUGGAGACCAGACCUUAUCCUAUAUCCACGGUCUCCCCAGGAAAAAUCUAAGAGACUUGUCCUUGGAACAGAUGGUGAGAGAUGGCUCUGACCAGCCUGAGGAUGUUGGCCAGAGACCAAGUGGAACAACAAGACAAGAUAAUUUUCUUCUUGCCUUGGUCCAAAGUGAACUCAAGUCACGCCCUUUGAGUUCCAGUUUAUUAGAAAAACUUCAAAAAGAGCUGAAGAUCCUGGAUCCUAUCUCUUCAGGAUUUCUUCUCCAAUCUCAGCUAAGCCGCCUUUUCCUGAGACACAAUGUUCCUCUGCAUCUACCAACAGUAAAGAUCCUUUGCCACAGAUUUUCUAAAGAGGACUCUCCUGAAAUGGUGAAUUAUGAAAAACUUCUCUGGUUUUUAAAAGUUGCUACUUCCAAUGAUCCACAGCAGAGUGAAGGAUUUGUGGACAAUGAUCUGAGGAAAACUCAGGGUCGUGUUCUUCAGAGCCGAAGAACUAGCUCUCAAGACCCCAAUUCACUAUCAGAAGUGAACAAGAGCCUGGUGGAGAUCUUGAAGAUGGCACUAAGGGCAACCAACGGCAAACUCAACAUAGAGAAUCUCAAUCUGAGUUUUCGAAAAGAAGAUCGCUCCUUCUCUGGGUACCUACCACCACCCAAGGUCAGGGCUAUAUGUGGGAAGCAUGGAAUAUAUCUGACUUUGAGCCUCCUAGAAACAUUGCUCAACCAUCAGGAUUUGGGUUAUCAAGAUGAAAUAAAGUGGCAGAGUUUUGUUGAAUUGUUGAGCAAAGCUUCCUCUGAUUUAUCAUCUGAUUUGCCUACAGGAAAAAAAGACAAGGGAACUUCUGCUACUGCUAUGCCACCUGAAGAACGUGAAAUGUCUCAAAGCAACUCUGAGACUUUGAAAACGCCAGAAGAGCAACAACAGCUGGAAAACCCUCCUGUUGAGACUUCAUUGGCCGUAGAUCGCCUGAACUCUUUGAAGAUCAGACCAGUUUCCCAACCUCUUGUGAGUCCAGUAAUGAAGGCGUCUGAAGAAAGUGAGACUUGGAUGGACAGGUUCAGGAAGCUAGAAAAUGCCCUCUACCUGUGUGAUCUGAGUAACACAGGAGUCCUGGAGAGGGAACGAGCCAAACGUCUCAUUCACAACUACAAUCUCAUUUACAACCUGUCCCUGAGCCCUCGGAAAAUCGACCAGGCCUUGCGCAGAUUCCGUGAGGGGGAAAAUAUGCUUUUGGAGCCAGCGCUUCGGUACUUAAAGGAGCUAUGA